UUCGGGAGCGCGCCCGUGAGCCCGGAGCAGCGGCGGCGUCGGUAGCGUCGGGAGCGAGUGGGCCCGGGAACGGCGUGGGUGGUAGAGGAGGAGCCGCGGGCUCGAUUCUCUAACCAUGGCACAGGUAGAGAAACGUGGGGGUUUGCUCCGGAAAUCUUCAGCCUCCAAAAAACCACUGAAGGAAAAAGUGGUGCUGAUGUAUGAUGAGAUCUUCAUGACAGAGGACCCCAGUAAGUGCAGUCCUCGGUUUUGGGAGGAGCUCUUUCUCAUGAAGGUGAAUUUAGAGUACCUAGAAGGCAAGCUGGAAUCUCUUGAUGGUGAGGAGUUGAUGAAGAUCAAGGACAAUAUUAAUUGUCUAUUCCAACACUGCAUCCAGGCUCUGGGAGAGGAGCAUCCAAUUCGAGUUGUGAAUGCAUUGCAGACCCUGUGCGCACUCAUUCGAGGAGUCCAUCAAAAGAAUAAGUCUACCUCUGGGUUUGACAUUAUCAACAUGCUGAUGGGCUUUGACAAGGCGGAGCUGUGCAUGAAGAACUUGAUGGAGAGUUUGGAUUCAUUGCUUUGUGCAGAAGGUUCUGAAAGUCUGAAGAGUUUAUGUCUGAAACUUCUCCUUUGCUUAGUGACCGUGACGGAUAACAUCAGCCAGAACACUAUUCUUGAGUAUGUAAUGAUCAACAGCAUAUUUGAAGCAAUUUUACAGAUACUUUCCCAUCCCCCAAGCCGUAGGGAGCAUGGGUAUGAUGCUGUCGUCCUCUUGGCUUUGCUGGUGAACUAUAGAAAAUAUGAGUCUGUGAAUCCUUAUAUUGUGAAGCUAUCUAUCGUGGAUGAUGAGGCCACACUCAAUGGAAUGGGGCUUGUAAUUGCUCAGGCUUUAUCUGAGUACAACAGGCAGUAUAAAGACAAGGAAGAAGAACACCAAAGUGGUUUCCUCUCUGCUUUAACAAAUAUGGUGGGCAGCAUGUUCAUAGCAGAUGCCCAUGAGAAAAUCUCAGUACAAACCAAUGAGGCCAUUCUUCUGGCACUUUAUGAAGCUGUUCAUUUAAAUCGCAACUUCAUCACAGUAUUAGCUCAGAGCCAUCCAGAAAUGGGCUUGGUGACGACCCCUGUCAGUCCUGCUCCUGCAACCCCAGUCACACCACUUGGGACUACACCACCUUCCUCUGAUGUUAUAAGUUCUGUGGAACUCCCACUGGACGCAGAUGUACAGACCAGUAAUCUACUGAUAACGUUUUUAAAGUAUAGCUCAAUUGUCAUGCAGGACACCAAAGAUGAACACAGGCUUCACAGUGGCAAACUCUGUCUAAUCAUCCUUACAUGUAUUGCUGAGGAUCAAUAUGCCAAUGCAUUUUUGCAUGAUGACAACAUGAAUUUUCGAGUAAACUUACAUAGAAUGCCUAUGAGACACAGGAAGAAGGCAGCAGACAAGAAUCUUCCCUGCCGUCCUUUAGUAUGUGCAGUACUGGACCUGAUGGUAGAGUUUAUUGUAACACACAUGAUGAAGGAGUUUCCUAUGGAUCUCUAUAUACGCUGCAUCCAGGUAGUACACAAACUGCUUUGCUACCAGAAGAAGUGUCGGGUACGCCUGCAUUACACCUGGCGGGAGCUCUGGUCAGCCUUGAUAAAUUUGCUGAAGUUCCUUAUGUCAAACGAGACUGUACUUUUGGCCAAACACAACAUUUUUACUUUAGCCCUUAUGAUUGUGAACCUAUUUAAUAUGUUUAUCACAUAUGGCGACACAUUUCUGCCAACCCCCAGCAGCUAUGAUGAACUUUACUAUGAGAUUAUCCGCAUGCACCAGAGCUUUGACAACCUCUACUCCAUGGUCCUGAGGCUUUCUACCAAUGCAGGCCAGUGGAAGGAAGCAGCUAGCAAGGUGACCCAUGCAUUGGUUAAUAUCAGAGCCAUCAUCAACCACUUUAACCCCAAAAUUGAGUCCUACGCUGCUGUGAAUCACAUAUCCCAACUGUCAGAGGAGCAGGUGCUGGAGGUGGUGAGAGCCAACUAUGACACACUCACACUGAAGCUGCAGGACGGCCUGGACCAGUAUGAGCGCUACUCAGAGCAGCACAAGGAAGCUGCCUUCUUCAAAGAGCUGGUUCGAUCCAUUAGCACCAACGUCCGGAGAAACCUGGCCUUCCAUACACUCAGCCAAGAAGUCCUGCUCAAGGAGUUCUCCACUAUCUCCUGAGGCCACGCCUAACUGAGCAGCCUCUGACUGCCCUUACCCAUGAGGAUCAUGGGCUGGAGGGGGAGUGAGGGGAGAGGGGGCUGCCCCCGAGGUUGCAGAGAAACACAGAUACCAAGUUCUCUUGGUGAAGACUACACUUCAGUGGAGCUCGGGCAGCAGGGGCAAGAGGGUCAAGCCAGGGAUAAUGUUAUUUGGGGAGGAAUGGGUGGGCACAGUGGGGAGAGGCCUCCAGAAAUAUGGGGACUUCCAGAGUGGGCUCCCUAACAGCCCCUCACAUUUCCAGUCUUGAGGUUACAAGCUGUAGCUACUGACUAAUUCUCGGGAGCUGGUGAGGCAAGCCUCAGGGUAAUGCCAGCACCCUGAAAGUCAGUGGCUCUGCUCGGCUUCUGAAAACAGAUGAACUCUCAGAUAUAGCUGGAGCUACAUCCUGCUUCCUUUGGGCCUGGGGCUGUGCUUGGCUUGAAAUCUGUGUCCCCUGCCCCCACUGGCACUUUGUCCAGUCAUCAGGACCCUUGGCUCAGAUUUAGGGUAGGGUAGGAAUGGGGUACCUUUUUCCUUUUUCCUUUUUUUUUUUUUUUUUUUUUUGAGAUGGAGUCUCCCUCUGUCACCCAGGCUGGAGUGCAGUGGCGUGAUCUCAGCCUUACUGCAGCCUUCGCUUCCUGGGUUCAAGCGAUUCUCCUGCCUCAGCCUCCUGAGUAGCUGGGACUACAGGAGUGUGCGCCAUGCCCAGCUAAUUUUUUGUAUUUUUAGUAGAGAUGGGGUUUCACCAUGUUACCCAGGAUGGUCUCAAUAUCCUGAGUUCAUGAUCCACCCGCCUCAGCCUCCCAAAGUGCUGGGAGCCUAGAUGUUCUUCUCACAUCCUCUAGAGUUUGUUCCUGUCAGCCACCGUGACAUGGCCACCGUGCCCGGCCAGUUUUCCUAUUUUCUGAAUUCAGAGUUGACUCCUCUGGGAAACUGGAGAUGAGAAUCUGCCCAGUGCUCUGCUGUCUGGCCACCGCCUUUUGAAUUUUAGUGUUGGCACUAGGAGUACCAUUAUCUUUCCCCUCCUUCUGACCCAUUUGACCCAUCAGCACAAUAGGGUCACAACCUUAACUUUUCGUUUCUAAUCUCAUUUACUCUGUCUUUAGGGUAUGUAUGAAAUAAACAUUGACAGGUUUUCUGGAGCCCUCAAGGUGCCUACUUUGCUGGUUCCCUUUCCAGCAGCUCCCCCGCCUCCCUAGCCCCCCCUCCUCUGGCAGCCUCUCCUGCCUCUGCUAAGCUCCCCUCCACGUGUUCCACCCCCUUACCCUGCUGUUGUUUACAUCCAACCUGCCUGAGAAUUUCCUCUGGGGAGGAAUCUGUUCCUGUCGUGGUUUAGUGCCUGGGAGGGAGAGAACUUCCUGGGGGUAGGGUGCCCUCCAUCUGAAACAGGCCAGGUGAGCAUCAUGCAUAAGGCCUCUAUUCUGUCCACUCAGAUUCUGGGUGGGGCCACAGGCAAAUCUGACUUUUGGGGAGUUGGCUUGUGCUUCCUCCCUUGGAUAGCUUCCAUGGAAUCUCUAUAGGCUUUCCCCACAGCUGCCUCUGAAAUAGCUGCUGCUUCGAGAUCCUCCCUUUUUAAAGCACUUUCUAAAGCCCUCAGGAUGGCGGGAGCAAACAGCACCGGUAUAUUCUAGGAAUAAGUGGAGGAAUUCAGCAGUGAGAGCAUGUCUGGGACCACCUGGGCUGCUGUCCAUUUAACCUAAAAUCUCUUUGGGUUACUUGCCCUCCCUGGCAACCAGAGUUCUGGCUCUAACAUUAAGCAGCUAUGCGCUAGUUCCAGAGAAUCCACUAACAGGCUGCCAUGUGUAGAUGUAGGUUCUUAAGAGAUCACAGGCUGGGUCAUCUGAUCACUGAAUGGAUAGCUCAGCCUGGGGCAUUUAGUAUUUUCCCUGGUGAUAAACCCCCAAAGCAGCUGGAUCUGGAGCUGGUGGCAAGUUGAAAUUAUUAAAAAUUGAUUUGUGUGGGA